AUGGCAACAACACUGCCAAGGAUUACGCCGAUCGGCACACCAGUGCCCCGUGCUGUAUCUAGUCAGCCCCGCUCAUUCUCCACCCCACCUACCCCUUCUAUAUAUGGACCUUACCCACCUAGGGAGCUAUCAAGCUCUAUGGACAAUGUGUAUGUGCCUGGGAGGAUCAACCCACUCGCUCCUCCUCCAUCUAAACGACGCAUAAACAUGAGCUGGGAAACAUCGGAACAACAUUUACAUAAUCAUAAAAGAAGUCAGUUGAUGCAACGAAGAGAACAUGAAAGAUAUCACUCAGCUUGGUCUAAGGCUUUUUACGGGUCCGUGGUAGAGCAAGAAUAUUAUAGGAAACAUUUCCGGGAUGUAUUAAAGCAACAGAUGGCUGACAUUGAGGAUAAACGAAAGAAGAAUGUGAAAGAGAAGAAGAAGGAGAGUGAGAUGGCGUUAGCUCAGGAUGAUAACGACAAGACAAAAGAUAGAGAAGCCUUCGUUAAGAAACAUAUUUAUCUACAAGGCUUCCGCGACUGUAAUAAACAGACAAUGGAGGAGAGAUGGAGUAACAAUAAAGUAAACAAGUUUAUCGAGGAUCGAUCAGAUCGAGAUAGAGGGCGCUACAAUCCCAUUAACUGGACAUGUAGUCUUAAGUGA